AUGUCUUUUGGAUCGGUCCCUAUCGUGGCCGCGGUGGCCAUACAACUCCUCCUUAUACCCAGCGUUGUUCUGUCUCUUAACAUUACCAAUUUGUAUCUCCACCAUGCAUGCAACAACACCCAAGGGAAAUACAAGCCGGGGAGUUUGUUCGAGAAAAAUCUCAACACUGUCAUCAAAAACAUAUCCACCUUUGAUCUGCGCAAGGGCUUCGCCCUCGACUCUAAUAUGAAGAGUCCCUAUUUUGAUAUACCUCCCAAUACUGUUUUCGUCACGCUCCAAUGCCGUGGUGACUCCUACGGCCCCAAGUGUCACUCUUGCCUUGCCGAAGCCCUCUCUGGGUUUGAGGACCUGCUUCGGAAGAAAUGUCCUGGACACAAAGGAGCAACAAUAUGGUAUGACCAAUGUCUUUUGGAUAUUUCUACAGAAAAUUCCAUUAGAACGGCCCUACCGAACAGAGUCCACUACGAUAAUUAUUUGUGUAUAAGCAAUCCAAAAUCCGUGAGCGGCGAUAAGAAGAUCUUCGAAAAGAAGAAGGACGAUUUCACCGAUAAGCUAUUGUCUGUAGUCAACAAGACGACUGACAGCAACCUCAGGGGGCCACUGUACGCAAAGGGGGAGAUGAUGAUUGGGAAAAAGAAGUUUUAUGGAAUGUUGCAAUGUACGAACGAGUUAUUUGCGAGUGCUUGCUAUGUGUGUCUAGAGUGGCUUGUCUUGGGGCAUCCAUUCUGCUUCUAUGAAGGACAAGGAGCUAGACUAAUGUGUAGAAGCUGUGUUGCAAGGUUUGAGUUUUACCCUUUUCUUAGAACUUAA